AUGGGACGAACAAUCGAUCAAGACGUGCACGCGGCAUUUGUCGAGUUCAAGGCUAAAGAGGACGAUAAAUGCAUGUCGGUGCAGUGCAUCUAUUGUCAACAAAUCCGCGCAAAGAACACCUCCCGUCAGAAACAACACCUGCUCGAGUGUCCCGGCCUCCAGAACCAUCCCAAUGCCCCUCGUCCCCAGUCCUCUGGCGACGGCAUCACCACCUCCAAUGGCUUCGGCACUCCCAACAAUCUACAUACCACCAAUGGUACCAUGAACAGUGGCUUGCCGACUCACACCACUCCCAUGCAGACCAUCCCGAAUGGUGCCUCCUCUCUGGCUUCCCAGACACCUCAAGGUCCCAGCUCAACGCCCAUGCAACAACGGACCACACCAAAGCCCCAGAACAAGACUCCCAAGAACACACCGGGCUCGAACCUCCCCGCUCCACCUCUCGACGAUGUCCAUGCUGCAUUCGUGGAAUUCAGGGCCAAGGAGGAGGACAAGUGCCUCUCGGUCCAAUGCAUCUACUGCAACCAGAUCCGCGCGAAGAACACCUCGAGACAGCGACAGCAUCUCCUGGAGUGUGCUACAUAUCAGAACGUCAUGAAGGAAUCUAUCCCGGCCAACAACCUCCUCCACCGCUUCGACGAAGGAGACAUUGCCCGUUCCCUUCAGAUCCCAGCCCCGACUCUCGAGCUCGAUUUCCGCAUCAGCAUCAAGCUCAACCCCAAGAUAGCCGUGGGAUCGGCGUUGUAUGGACAUCGCGACUGGGUCAGUAUUGUCGGAGGACAGUGGGCCGGGAGGUGGGGCAAAGGCAUCAUCAUUCCUGGAGGCCAAGACAAUCAACUGGUGGUGCGCGACCUGGCCACACGCGUCGACGCCACCUAUCUCCUGCAGACCAACGACGAGCCGCCCGCUUAUAUCACCGCGAGGUCGAAAGGCUGGCGAACGGGACCGAAGGAGGUGCUCGAGCGGUUGAACGACAAUGUCCAAGCAGAUCAAGUACCUGCCAACCAGUACAAGUUCCGCAUGUCUAUUGAACUCGAGACCGGCGACGAGAGGUAUGCGUUUUUGAAUGCUUGCAUGUGGAUGGGAAGUGGCUGUAGACGCUCUGGUGAAGGUGAGACCCUCUGA